AUGCAGGAAAAAGUUUUAGUGGAUGUGAUUCCUGGUUCGCCUCUUGUUGAUUCGAUGAUGCAAGACGAUAUUUUAGAGCCACAGAAAACAUUUGCUGAAACUCAUCGGCAGGAGGUAUUUGCUAUUAUCGACCUUAUACCUUCGUUUGCAAGCAGUCAACGUGAUACAGAAAACCGUUCUGAAAGAUUUCGAUAUCUACUUGAUUUGUACCAAGAACAGCCCAGUUUGCUUGAUCCUUUCAUGGAAAUCAUGAUAAAUAGAUUCGACGAUGUGUCAAAUGUGGCAUUUGCAUUGCUUGCACAUAUAUCGAAAGUUAGGGGGUACAAGGUGUUCCUUUCAUUGCUACCUCACGAAAUGAAAUAUAUGGAGAAAGUACUUUCUUCACUAGAACGAUAUUCUGAUUCUGUGAUGGAUAUGGAUUCCCGGUAUAUACUUCUUCUUUGGACGGUGAUCUUAUGCAAAAAUCCAUUUGAUUUGAGCAAAUUUGAAACCAAGAAUGGUUGUAAUGUACUGGAAAGAAUGAUCACCGUUGCACUGCCAUAUCUAUAUCUAAAUACUGAUAGAUGUCAGCAUUCUGCUGCUUUAUUACUUUCAUUGGUAGUAUCUCGUGAAGAUGCACGCAAGAAAUAUUUGAAGAAGUUGAUAGAUCCUUGUAUUUCGGCGAUUGAAAGCUGUGAAGGUAAAUGGUCUCUUAACAAUGAACUCGUUGGUAGUCUCCGUUUGCUUGCAGCAAUUCUUAAAAAGGGAGAACGUGAAGACUUACUGCUUAUCACAGACCAGGUAUUAAAAGCCUUACAUCGGCUAAGUAACCUUGAAGAUUCUGAUUUCACUGUGAAGAAGUUAACGGUCAAAAUUGUUCAAAGAUUAGGAAUGGUCUUUUUAAAACCAAAAAUUGCAAAGUGGCGUUACAAUAAUGGAAACUGCAAUCUUAAUUUAGAAAGUGAUUUUGGAAAAUGUCGAGAAUUAAAUAUUUUGGAGGUAGAAAAUUUUGCAGACGAAGUUCACGAGGUCCCAUAUGCUAAGCUGGAAGUGGUUCUGAAUACAAUUCUAGAAUCAUUGCGUGAUCGUCAUACAGAUAUACGUUGGGCGGGUGCAAAAGGUAUUGGGCGGAUUUUAUCUCGUUUGCCGAAACAUCUUGCAAGUGAUGUACUCUGCAAUAUCAUUAAAUUUAAUUUCAACUUGCACUCUGGAAAUGCUGCCUGGCAUGGCGGUUGUCUGGCAGUUGCUGAACUUGCAAGGCGCGGCUUUUUACCCCUCGAAAGACUUCCGGAUAUUAUGAAAAUCCUUUUAAUCGCCUUAGUAUUUGAAGAACCGCAAGGACAUCAUGCUUUGGGAGCGAGUGUUCGGGAUGCAGCUUGCUAUAUAUGUUGGUCAUUAGCUCGAACUUUUCAUCCAAUGGAUUUGGAAGCAUAUAUUGAACAGAUUGCAACAACCCUUGUUUGUGUAGCUUUAUUUGAUAGAGAAGUUAACGUAAGACGAGCUGCUAGUGCAGCAUUUCAAGAAAUUGUUGGUCGGCAAGGUACAUUUCCAAAUGGCAUCGAGAUAUUGACAAAAAUUGAUUAUUUUGCUGUUGGACAACGUUGUAGAACUUAUUUAGAGAUCUCAUGUCAAAUAGCAAGAUAUUCAAUGUACACGCAAGGGAUUAUCGAGCAUCUUAUAUCUUUCAAGAUAACUCAUUGGGAUGAAGAAAUUCGCUUAUUAUCUGCUGAAGCGCUCCAUCGUCUUUGUGCUUCAGAUCCAAGUUUUGUUUGCGCCCAGGUUCUUAAAAAGUUAAUUCCACUAAUCAGUAAUGAGUCACUGAUUAUGCGACAAGGAGGUGUGGUUGCACUGGCAUUCACUUUAUCAGGUUUGAAAAGAUGUGGAACGCUUCUACAUGAAGAAUUGUACGAAAAUGUUACACAGAUACCUAGCAUGGUUUAUCCCUUGUGCAAGAAAAGAACCAAUUCAUUGGGUUCUAAAUUGAUGCGUCGAGCUAUGAACGUUUUCAUCAAGUCGUUAUCAUCCGUAAUACCGAAGAGGCUUAUAAAAACUGAAGAUUGGCUUUCUUGUUUGGAAUUGAAUUUUUGCGACGAAAAUGAAGAUAUCAGAAAAGGAGCAUGUGAGGCAGGAAAAUCCUUCUUCAAACUUUACAAUGAUAGCUCAGGUGCCGAGUUUCUGAUGCUUCGAAUUCGUCAAGUUUAUUUGCCACAGAUAAUUGCUGCCAAAAUAGAAUCAGAUAGAGAAGGGACAGCAGCUCUUCUGGGUGUCAUUCCAAGUGAAGUAUUAUUGCUGUCAACGUUAUCCGAUUCUUUCGCUGCCGAAAUAAUUCGUACACUCACGUUUACAAUCAGUGGAUCUAGUGCACUAGACGCAACUUGGGCUUGUGGACGGCGCUCUUGUGUGGAAGCUAUUACGCGUAUUGUUGAUUCAAUUGGGAUUGAACCUCUAGGUCAUAUUGCUGAACUCCUUGACUGUCUAAUUAAUUCUUUGGACGAUUAUACAAUGGACAAAAGGGGUGAUAUUGGAAGAGUUCUGCGCGAAGAAGCGAUGAGGGCACUUGCAAUUAUUUUGCCUCUGGCACAAAACUACUCGAAAAUUGUUGAUCGUAUUUCUGAAGCAGUUUGUAAAAUAAUUCAACAGUCUAUUGAGAAAAUUGAUGCAACUCGUGAGUGUGCUGCUUUGGUAAUGAAGAGGAUCUUGCAGUCAGGGCUAAAAGGUAUUCAGGAAGAAGAAAUGCUAAGAAAAAUUUAUUUGGUUAAUGGUUCGAAUGUGGACUGGAGAUCGCCAUCUUGUUUCAAGCGAUUGGCUUUGCUGCUGAAGAGUUCUUAUUACAGAUAUUCUGCCUUAAGUGGAUUUAUUAUAUCCGCUGGUGGUGUUACGGAGUCUACGAUGCGAGGCGCAUCUGAUGCCCUGCUUUCAGUGAUUUCUGAUGUUCGCGGAUCACGACAAGAACUGGAAAUUUUUCUUCAAUGUUUUACAUCCAUUUUAAUCAAUAAUGCUGGAUUAUUACGUGUAACCCAACCACUGCUUCGCACACUAGAACAAAUUUUGUCAGCACAACUUCUUCAAUGUUUUGAAGCAGACCCAGAUUCUUCACCUUCUCUUCGAAAAAUUGUGGAUCGCGUUGCUAUUGAGGCUACAAUUAAAGGAAGCGCGCAGAAAGUUCGGAUAUGUAUUUCAGUAUUAUGCCAUUUCUUGCAUUUUAAUUCAUCUAGUCUGGUAUGGCAAAAAUCUGCGUCAUUGGUUGUUCGCAAUUUGCGAUCCCGUUAUCCCAUAAUACGACGUAAUGCAGCUCAGCAACUUUAUGAAUGCUUGAUCUCUGAAUGUGAUAGCAGCAAUGAAGCAGAAAGAAAUAAACGCGUGGAAUUGUUGAAUUUACUUUCAGAAACAAAGUGGAAUAUUACUGGCGAUGAACAGUAUUUCGUAAAAGUAAAGUUGAAACGACCUCGCAUUGAUAUUUCGAAUUUAUCGACAGCAACCACCACACCAGAAGAUAUUCUGGCUGCAUUGGAGCGGGAUGAAUCACAGGCAGUGGUUGUUGAUGAAGCAGCUGUUAAACGAAUUGUUAUGCAGCUGGAGAAACGUUGUCUGAAAAACCGAGAGAUGCGCAUCAAAUAUGGCGACGAACCGGCAAAGUUUAUGGAAAGCGAAAUUGAAUUAAAUGAAGCAAUACAGGAGAUGCAUGCUUUGGCAACGCAACCCGAUUUAUAUGAACUACUUGUUGAUCAUGGCGGAACAGCUACCCUUUUGCAAUUAUUAGCUCACGAAAAUUCUGACGUUGUUGGUGCCGUCAUCAAUCUGUUGCAGGAACUAACAGAUGUUGAUACGUUGAAUGAAGGUGAAAGUGGGGCAGCAAAACUAAUUGAUGUGUUGGUUGCUGAUCAACUAAUUGAAACAUUAGUACAGCAAAGCAUUGAACGUAUGGAUGAAACUAUAAAAGACGAAGCCGAUGCAAUCCAUAAUGCAUUAUCAGUCGUAGAAAAUGUGCUCGAUUUCCGACCGUCAUUUGCUGAUAUCUGUGUCGAACAGGGCCUGUUUGCUUGGCUUCUCCGUCGUGCAACUCAACGAGGAGGUUUGGAUGCGAAUAAGAUGUUUGCUAGUGAAUUGCUUUCUUUGCUUCUGCAGUCAACCGAAUUAGCUAGAAAACGAUUAACCGAAAAAGUUGAUGGUUUCGAUUUACUGCUUCGUGCUUUGGCCACUUACAAGCGUCAUGAUCCUGGCAGUGCAGAUGAACGGGAGCAUAUGGAGAACUUGUUUAAUGCUGUAUGCGCUGCGCUUAUGUAUGCUCCAAAUAGGCAGAAAUUUUUGGAUGGUGAAGGCCUUCAAUUAAUGAAUCUUAUGUUGAGGGAACGUAAGCAGUCACGUGAAAGUGCACUAAAAGUUUUGGAUUAUGCUACAAAUGGUAUAGAAGGAAGAUCCAAUUGUGCGAAAUUCAUAGAUAUUCUCGCAAAACAAAAGAGAAAAGAUUCAACACCAGAUGAACAUGAAGAGCAUGUCUGUUCGGUUUUGUCAUCUUUAUUGAGGUCUUGUGGUGAAGAAGGACGCAGUCGAAUUUUUUCGAAAUUUAGCGAACAUGAAUACGAAAAAGUUGACCGUGCUGUUGAACUCGUUCUAAAAUACCAAGAACGUGUGGACCGAUUUGACGCCCGUCAAGCUAAUUUGACACAGAAUAGCAAAUUAUCUGAUGAUGAAAUUGAACAACUGUAUCUGGAUAAGUUGGAUGCUGGUUUGUACACGCUGCAACGAAUCAUUUUAAUUCUUGCGGAUAUAUGUUCAAGUGCAAUGCCUGGCUGUCGUAAUCGAGCGGUGAAGUUGUUUCAAAUGCGAACUGGGAAUGGAAAGCUUAGCAAACAUCUUGUGCCGGUACUUGAGGAGUAUGAAAUUAAUUUAGGCGCAGAAGCAGAUGAAGAGAGAAGACGUACCCGUCAGCUUAUCGCACGAGUAAAUAGCAUUGAUAAGAACUAG